GUGUUAAAGCCCUUCACGUCAGUUAGUAGUAAAGUCUGGAGGCAGCGAGUGACCCGCCUCCGUCUCGUAGAUCAUUUAAUAGAUUUAACUUCUCAAAUCGAUUAAAUACCGGAAGACGCUUUAAUGARGACGCGUUUUACGAGCCGUCUUUAGGGUAUAGUUGGACUUUUUCUUCUUGCUGAGCAAACGAUGUGACCAUCAUCAYAAUCAUGUAGAGUGGUUUAUCCUCCCUGGAUUUCGGAGUACCUUUUUUUUACACAACUGAAGAAGAAGAGGAGCUGAGGAAUGGGCAAACUUCAGUCCAAACAUGCGUGCAAGCGCAGAGAAAACCCCGAAGGAGACAGUUUUGUGAACGCCUUCCUCCGGAGAGGGAUGGAGGAAUGUGAGAGGUUCAACACGGAUCACAAGCUGAAGAACAUUCGGAACUGUGAGCUGAAGGAAGGACAACUCGCAGAUCAACAUUGUCCCCUAGAGGUGGUUCUUCCUCCGGAGAAGGCCGAGGGCUGCGAGAGCUUCCUUCACCCGGAGGACGGAGACAAGGAGACGCUCCGAGACGCCGCCAAGGCUUCAGGAAAGAAACGCAUCAGCCUCAAUGAUGUGGAGUGUGACGUUUCCAUAGAGGACGACAACCGUCAAGAGUGGAUCUUCACUCUGUACGACUUCGACAACAGCGGCAAAGUUACCAAAGAGGACAUGUCCAGUUUGAUGCACACCAUCUACGAUGUGGUGGACGCGUCUGUCAAUCACUCCUGCCACAACAAAAGCAAGACCCUGCGCGUUAAACUGACCGUCACUCCGGAGCCGAGGUGCCACAGACGAGAAACGGGAGCAGAGCGCUGUCACCACGAGGAGGGUCGUCCGUCUGACAAGCGGCUGUCCUCGUACCUCAGCAGCAAGGGGCAGAGCAGCGAGCCUCCUGCCACCGAGGGCCAGCAUUACUGUGUGGACGAGAACACGGAGAGGAGGAAUCACUACCUGGACCUGGCCGGUAUCGAGAACUACACCUCCAGAUUCGAAGGAACUGGCCCCGUCUUCCCGCCUCAGGAGCCCCAGGGUCGGAGCUCCCACAGCCAGAGUCGCUCCCGCUCCCAGGAGCCGGAGGCUCCGGCCGUCCACCACCGGCGUUCGCAGGUCAUCGGCGACGGCUACAACGCCGUAGAGGGGCGGAGCAAAGGCACGUCGUUCCUUAAAUCCCCCAAAGGAACCUACAAGGGGAGCGGAGGGAACGGCGGGGGCAAGUCCACUAAGUGCCACGGAUACAACCCCCCUGUGCAGACGGUCCUGCACGGCGGUCAGGACGUCUACCACUUGCCACACCAAGCUCCGCCCCCCGGCCAUCACCAGCACCCUCUGCAGCACAGCCACAGCAAGCGGCUGAAGGCCAGAGCUCGAGAGUCCAUGUCGCCGUCCAAAACGCCCCUCCUGCCUCCRUCCCACCCCCAGCAGCAGCCGCCCCCCGUCGCCCCAGUGCCGCCGAGCCUGGAGCAGGCCAACGGGCCGCCGGGGAGUCCCGGGUUCGUGGUUCCCGUGGUGCAGCGCCACGAGCAUCACCACCACCACGAGCACCACCAUCACCACCACUAUCACCACUACCACCAGACAUGACAGCCUCCCGCAGCGCUGCGGCUGAGUCUGCUCAGGACCAACCACGGCGUCUGAAGGACGUCUGAAGGACGUCUGAAGGACGUCUUCAUCCCGCGGGAACACAGCGCCGAGCUUCCUGUGGAAACGAUACAUCCCGAGGAGACAAAACUCUGACAGAAGGUUCUUCAGUACCACACAAUUUUUCUGUGUUUUUAUAGUUUUUUUUACAUGAAUACCUAAACUCCUUCACACACAUAUUUACAGAGGCAGACAGUAGACAGAACAGGUCAGAUAAAUGUGCUUUGAAGCUGUCAAAUAAAAGUCCUCCAAGCUACAGUUUCCGUCAGAAAAGCUGUUCUGUGCGAGACGUUUC